GCGAGAGAAAGACGUUUAUCUUCUUAUCGUUUUGCUGAAUUUGUCUACCCAGGCGUGUUUUCUUUAACAUAAAAUACGUUUUAAUUCGGGUUUAUAACCUGUGUUGAAGAAGUUAAGAGUCAGAAUGCGCCUCAGGUUCGCGGCGGUGCUGUUGGUUUCGGUGUUUGUGUUUAUUUCCGACGGUGCCCCAGUUGGUUCUACUGAUGAUGUAAACGGACAACCAGACAGCAAGACGGACGACCAGGCAGAGAGCAAAACGGACGACCAGGCAGAGAGCAAAACGGACGACCAGGCAGAGGGCAAGACGGACGACCAGGCAGAGAGCAAAGCGGACGACCAGGCAGAGGGCAAAGCGGACGACCAGGCAGCGGGCAAAGAGGACGACCAGGCAGCGGGCAAAGCGGACGACCAGGCAGAGGGCAAGACGGACGACCAGCCAGAGGGCAAGACGGACGACCAGGCAGAGGGCAAAGCGGACGACCAGGCAGAGGGCAAGACGGACGACCAGGCAGAGGGCAAGACGGACGACCAGGCAGAGGGCAAGACGGACGACCAGACAGAGGGCAAGACGGACGACCAGGCAGCGGGCAAAGCGGACGACCAGGCAGCGGGCAAGACGGACGACCAGACAGAGGGCAAGACGGACGACCAGACAGAGGGCAAGACGGACGACCAGACAGAGGGCAAGGCGGACGACCAGGCAGCGGGCAAGGCGGACGACCAGACAGAGGGCAAGACGGACGACCAGACAGAGGGCAAGACGGACGACCAGGCAGCGGGCAAGGCGGACGACCAGACAGAGGGCAAGACGGACGACCAGGCAGCGGGCAAGGCGGACGACCAGGCAGCGGACAAGACGGGCGGCGCGGCGGAGGACAAAGACAAACCAUCCAGCCAGCCUGACAACAAGAAUACACCCAGCAACCCGGAUCAUGCCACCCAGGAGACAAACAGUGAGACUGAAAAGCAACAAACCCCUGCUGUGAUAGAAGACAUAAGUAAAACUGGAAAGGAUGGCAAGGCUGAGGACGAGGAUAAAAAAGAGGCAGAGGGAGAGAGCGUAACUGAAAGUAAGGCUGAGGAAGCUGUUAAAGAUAUCACUGAGGCAAAGGAGGGAAAGGAUAACCCAGAGGGAGAGGAGAACCCCGAGGUAAAGGAUAACCCAGAGGGAGAGCAGAACCCUAAUGAAGAAGAUAACCCCGAGGCAGAGGAGAACCCUAAUGAAGAGGAUAACCCCGAGGGAGAGGAGAACCCUAAUGAAGAGGAUAACCCCGAGGGAGAGGAGAUCCCAGAGGGAAAGGAUAACCCCGAGGGGGAGGAGAACCCUGAGGGAAAGGAUAACCCCGAGGAAGAGGAGAACACGGAGGAAGAGGAUGACAUUCCGGAAGAUGAUGACCUUGUGGAAGAUAAUGUCCCCGGGGAAGGGCUAUACAAUAAACUUGAUAGAGAGGGUAAAGUUGAUAAUGGGGUUUUUAUAGGCGAAGAUGAAGCUGAUGAUGGCGCUAAAGACAUAAAUGAAGAUGAGUUAGAGAGGAACAAAGAGCAUAAAGCAGUGUUUCCCUCCAUGCAGGAUGGGGAGAGCAGUCACUUCUUUGCCUAUCUUGUCUCCACGGCCUUGCUGGUGGCGAUCCUGUACAUCGGAUAUCACAACAAGCGCAAGAUUUUUGCUUUUCUGCUUGAGGGUCGGAGGGCAAGGAACACACGGAGACCCAAAACAUCAGGCUACCAGAAACUCGAUUAUCAUUGAGAGCGACGAGCCGUGAUGACGCAGCAACCAGAAAACACGACUAUCUUCUUGUUUUGUUAUUUUGUUUUGUUUAAGGAUGUUUCAGCAUGAUUAUUAUUAUUAUUAUUAUUAUGUUCUUAAAGGGUGUUGUAGGUUAGAGAUAAUGUCGCUGUUGGGUGAAUUUCCUUUUUCUUUUUUCCCCCACAUGUCGGUUUGUUUAAUACAAAGAUUGUUUAACUGCGUGUAUUUGGGUUAGUGCCGUCCAUGCAGGGUUCAGUGAGAGAGAGAGAGAGAGAGAGAGAGAGACGCCUGUUAAACUGAGAUCAGGGGGAUCUAACUGCUGGAUAAAAAUAAAUAUCUUUCAGAAUUCAGGGCUUCUUCGCGAAGGAAACGGCUUUAACGCAGACCGGGCUGUAGCAAUCUGCGAAGGAAGCACGCAAACCUCUUUUGCUUUGUGAAAGACUCGUUAAUCCUUGUCUAAGAUGGCUUCAAACACACUGGUUGUGCAAUGUUGUAAAAGUAAGGUGUGUUAGAAGCAUACGUAGGGAAGUUAGCAAAUUAUAUUCUGCCCUGUUGCACUCGGUUGAUGAAUCUGUGUGUGUGUGUUUUUCUUUCGCAAUAUUUAUUUCAGACUUUGAUUCAGUGAAUAGUUAACGCUACAGUUACGAUACAGUUAUAAUACACUAGAACUGCUUCAAUACGAUAUAAAAAUCAUCACCAAGCUUCCUCUGAUACGCUGAUAAAAUAGAAGGAUCCGCUUGUUAUGGUUAAACAAUCGAAUAAAUAACACACCUAGAAAAGUGUGUGUUAUUGAUCUUGAUCAGUUUAUCGUAUCGGUCCUGAUGCACUCCUGUAGUAUCGUAUCGGUGCAGCCCUGACAAAGGAUUCAGAGAUUUUUGGUUUUCUGUUGCCUUAAUGUGAAAUUCUGGUGUCAAAUGUUCGAAUGAAUGUAAAUAGAAUGAUGUCGACUUCACACAGCCAUAAAGAGAUACACGUGGUGUCUGAACCACCAAUUCAGGACUCGGGGGAAAUUUAAUUAUUGUUUGUUUUUUAUUCUUUUUUUUAUAAAAUUAUGUAAUUAUUUUUUCCGUGGAACUGUAGACCAAAACAUAUUUAAUAUUUCUCUUUACUGCUGUAAUGAUGUCAUUUUUUAAGUGCUAAUAUAUCUGAUGUCAAAUUCCGUUGUAUAUAGGGUGUGUGAGUGUGUGUGUGAGAGUGAGUGUGUGUAGUGUUAUAUGUAUGCUGGAGACAGAAGUGCCAGUAUGACGAGUCUCGCUGCGUCUCCUGAUCCUGAGGGUUUUCUUGCGCUUCCUGUUAAGUUUGCGUGCGGGUGCAGGACACGUACGAAGGCUUCACACAACCACUGUUAAAUGCUAGAUCAAAAAUAAAAAGAACUUUUUCAUGUUUUAUGAUUUUUUUGAUUGAUUUUUCAUUUAAACAUGCUGAUUUCAGAUGAAAUAUAAAUAUAAUAAAUAUUUCUUUAACAUCUUUGUGAAA